AUGCAAGAUCGUACUCACCUCGACGAACUCCUCGAGGCUGUGAAGAAAGAGUUUGAAAGUCUCUCCAGAGAAACUACCUUGUAUAAAGAUCAUCACCAGGAGUAUGAAAUGAAAAUUAACCAACAGCACCAAGAACUGGCUAGUAUUAGAAAUACCGUCUAUGAGUUGGAGCAGGCUCAUAGGACCAUGAAGGAUGCCUACGAGAAGGAAAUUCUAAGGUUGAAGCAGGAUUUGGAAAACAGAGACCGUCUUCUUGAGCAGCAAUCAAUUCAGCAACAGCAGCAGGUUCAGGCUCAGGCCCAAGCCCAGCAUCAGCAACAACAGGCUGCUGCUGUGGCACAAGCACAGGCACAAGCACAGGCACAAGUCCAGGCUCAUUCACAGACACAACAGUUUGGUCGGCCCGGUGUAAAUCAACCCCAGAUUGCUCCUCCAAACCUUUCUACACCUUCUUCAAGCGUUCCUGAUGCUGCCCGUGGCUUCCUUUCCCAACCUCCGGGUGCACCCGGUACAGCAGCAACGGCUAGUGCCACAUCCCCAGCAGCUGCUGCACAGGCCCUUUCACAACCUGCCAUUCAACCUGCUACAGCAGCAGUACCAACUAUAGCCACAAAUGCAUUUUCAGCAAACUCCACCACCACCAACACUACAAAACAGCAGCAGUCGCCAGCGCCAGACGCUACUAAGAACGGUACCUCCCCAGUUACAGCUUCGCCAACAACCGCUUCUCCUGCCGCUACUACAAAUGCUGCUCCUAGUUUCACAGAAACUCCUGCGACAACUUCUCCAACUUCGACGCAUAUUAAGCCUAUAAAGCAGGAGACCGUCUCGCAAGAAGCACUGGUCAAACGAGCACAACAUAACAAGCCAAUACCCGCUUUUCUCAAAGAUUUUGACUCUUACAACUCCUUGCCUUACAAGAAGCAGCAGUCUGAGUAUUAUGUUGUUUAUAAUCCGAAAGUGCCGAAGAAAGCUGAGAUUUCUUUAGUUCAUUCCUUUGACCAUACCUCCGUCGUCUGCUGUGUUAGAUUCUCAAAAGAUGGUAAAUUCCUUGCCACUGGUUGCAAUAAGCUUACCCAAGUGUUUAGUGUCGAGACUGGCGAUUUAGUUGCCAGGCUCAGCGACGAAUCUUCCGCCUCCGCUAACGGCUCUUACGAUACUGGCAGUGGUGACUUGUAUAUCCGUUCCGUUUCGUUUUCUCCUGAUGGCAAAUUCCUUGCUACCGGUGCAGAAGACAAGAUUAUCCGUAUAUGGGACUUGGCUACACGUACCGUUGUUAAAUACUUGAAGGGCCAUGAACAGGACAUUUACUCUUUGGACUUUUUCCCAGAUGGAACUAAAUUGGUGUCUGGCUCUGGAGACAGAACAGUAAGAAUUUGGGACGUUUUUACCGGUCAAUGCUCUCUCACUCUCUCCAUUGAAGAUGGUGUCACUACUGUGGCCGUUUCUCCAGAUGGAAAGUUGAUUGCAGCCGGCUCUCUAGAUAGAACAGUUCGGGUCUGGGAUGCCAACCAAGGUUUCCUAGUCGAGCGACUUGAUUCUGCCAACGAGGCCGGUAAUGGCCACAUGGAUUCAGUUUACUCUGUGACAUUUACUCACGAUGGCCACGAGAUCGUGUCUGGAUCAUUGGAUAGAACCGUCAAAUUGUGGUCUUUGAAAGAUCUUCAAAGGCAGCAAGGUGCCGCCUCAAAAUCCAACUGUGAAGUUACCUACGUGGGCCAUAAAGACUUUGUUCUUUCUGUGUGCUGCACUCCUGAUGACGAGUUUAUUCUUUCAGGAUCUAAAGAUCGUGGUGUCAUCCUAUGGGAUAAACUUUCCGGAGAGCCUUACAUCAUGCUUCAGGGACACCGUAAUUCCGUCAUCAGCGUUUCUGUUUCUCCAGUGAUGAGCACAAGCAGGGGACUCAACGGUGGCUACUUUGCUACAGGUUCUGGUGAUUGCAAGGCCAGAAUCUGGAAAUGGGAGCGUGUCUCCUCGUAA